AUGUCAGUUCCUGUCUGUAGAUUUUAUCAAAGUCAGACCUGCAGAUUUGGAAAGAACUGUAGAUACUUACAUCCUUCAAGUCAGCGUCCUCCUCCACAGCUAGAGUUGAAGCAAGAUCCAGAUGGAAGUUUAACCUAUGACCCAACUAACUCUGUUGCAGCACUAACUUUGUAUGAUCAUCACUCCAGUGAUCAACAUGAGGACACAUUAAGUCAGAGAACUGCCAGAGAAGCUCAGAGUUCACAAGAUUCCCAGGGAACUGCACCAGAGAAACAUGGAGUUCAUCCCAUAAAUGCAAACAGACCGGUUAAUAGAAACAUUUGCCACUAUUUUCAAACAUAUGGCAACUGUCGUCAUGGAAACGAAUGCAGAUUUCUUCAUGUGUUGUCAAACAGACAUGAGGGGUACAGUCACGGAUCAUCUAGAAGGCAGGGUGGCCUUAGAAAUGUCGCAGAAAUUCCUCCACGGUUCAGGAAAAAUGGAGAAGAGCUAGUUGCCAGUAAGAGAGCAGCCACUGUAGAAGUUGUUGCUGAAGAUGUGAAAACACAGGAACAUACACACGAUACUGGGAGACCCCACCGAGAGUGGGGAAGGGCAAGUCAGGACACUGAGGUGAGAGUGUGCCCUUAUUUCAGACGUGGACAUUGUAACCGAGGUGAAUACUGUCGGUUUGUACACUCUCAUGAUCAUGUGGAGGAGGAGAAGUUUGCCUCGACAAAUCACGAGUUUAAUAAAACACAGACAGAUGGCAAACACAGCACCAACCCCAGGAGAGUGAGUAUAACAAUAUCUGAUGUACGAGCGCAGCCCCAAAACACAAGGAAAACCAUCAGCAGCUCCAUCAUUCGGCCGGUGAUCAUCAAACAAAAGUUUACCUACGCUGAGCUGGACAACAUUGACCUGGUUAAAGUUCGAGACUCAGAAAUCAGCACGAUCAAGAAAAGAUUUCCCCGGGAUAAGAUAAACAUCAUAGAGGAGACACAGGACAAGUUCUGUGCCAGGAUUUUGUUUUCACCCACAGAUCCCGACUGGGCAUUUGAUGUCCGUGUGUUUGAACUGCUGCUGGUAAUCCCACCUGAUUAUCCCAAACAGAUGAUGAAAGUUCAGCUGCCCAAGGAUCAGAAACUUCCAGAAACAGUCCGCAGGUACAUUGAGGUCAGCAUCGAAGAGUGGCUGCGGCAGAAGAUGGAGCAGCAAGCUGCAGACAGGAUGGUGGAGCUGUUGUUUCGACCAUUCUUGCUGUGGCUGGACAGAAACAUUGAAGACAUUACCAUGGAGGCUUUGAAGCAGUUCAAGCGGGAGCUGGUAGCUCAAGCUGCCGGCAUGGAGUUCAUCCCCGCCCACAAGCUUCAGGCCAGGCUGCGGUCUCACAGCGAGCACUUGUCCGAGGAUGACGCACGUUCAGAUGAGGACUCUGAUGACUUGACUGGCAGUGACUCUGACAGUAGUCACGAUGAUGAUGAUGAUGAUUCUUCGGGAGAGUAUGAUGACACAGGGAUGAUACCAAAGCUAAACAUUGAUCCAGAAAAGAAGGGCACAGAAAUAGAGCUGCGACAAUUGCAGCUACGGGAAAAUGCUUCCGCUCUUCUGUUUGAGAGGCUGAAACUUGUUCUGCAAUGUGGCAGGUGUAAAAAUCAUUCCGACAUCACUGUUGCGCCAGGGAAAGUGAUGUCCACUCAGUGUGAGAAAUGUAGCCAGAACCAGUUUGUGCAUUUCCGAGCGGCACUGAUUCAUCAGUUCUCAUCUGUGGCUGGCUACCUAGAUUUAGAUGGUUGCCAGGCGUUUGACCUCAUCUUCCAAGACUGUCGUGUGGCUGUCACCUGUCUCAGCUGCAGUAAACAGACACGUCUAGAUGGCCUGGUGUCUGGACAUAUGGUGGAUGGUUGGUGUCAGGCCUGUAACGCUCGCUUUAAACUGGCCACCGAAGCAGUCAAGUUUGUUCAGCUCGCCCCAUCCACUGUGGACACAGCUGCAGGUCGAGUGGUGGAGGUUGGGACCAGCAGACAGAAGAAAGCAGCCAAGGAUCCAGCUAUCAGAGAGGGCUAUCCCCUGCCAGAAUUUGGUACCUGCAAGCACUACAAGCACAGUUACCGCUGGUUGAGGUUCCCCUGCUGCGGCAAGGCUUACCCCUGUGACGUCUGUCAUGACAAGAAAGAAGACCACGAGAUGGUCUAUGCCACAAGGAUGAUCUGUGGACACUGUUGCAGGGAGCAGAACUUCUCUGCCAGCAGACCGUGCAGUGCUUGUGGCCAGCACUUGACCAAGAUCAGAACUGCCCACUGGGAGGGUGGCAGCGGGUGUCGGGACAAGGUCUCCAUGAGCAAGAGUGAUCAGCAGAAAUACAAAAACAUGAACAAAACCUUGUCCAAUCGGCAGAAACAACGACAGGCCACCACCCAGAAGAAGGUCACCAAACUGAGGCAUGCCUAA